GGGCGGUGCGGGGAGUGCAUGUGCAUCCUCGCCCCUGCCUCCCUCCCCGCCGCCUUCCCUCCUUCCCUCCCCCUCGCCGGGUGCGUGUGUGUCUCCCGCUCCCUCUCCAGCUUUAAGCCUGACGCAGGCGGCUCGAAAUCGCCCCUAACAACCCGGCUCCCGGUGCCGGCGGUGGGGGGUCCGGCUGCGGCGGGGCCCCCGGCGGGCAGCGCCGGGCCGGGCUCGGAGCGGGGGGGGUGGAGGAGAAGUUGGCCCAAGUGCGGGGAGGCGGCGGGCGGCCCGGGGGGGGAAAGUUGCCGGGAGAGGCGAGGGGCGAGCGAGGCGGCAGGACUAUGGGCACUUUGCGGGAUUUACAGUACGCGCUGCAGGAGAAGAUCGAGGAGCUGCGGCAGCGGGAUGCGCUCAUCGACGAGCUGGAGCUGGAGUUGGACCAGAAGGACGAACUGAUCCAGAAGCUGCAGAACGAGCUGGACAAGUACCGCUCCGUGAUCCGGCCCGCCACCCAGCAAGCACAGCAGCAGAGCGCCGGCACCUUGCAGGGCGAGCAGAGGACCAAGCGGCAGGCGAUCUCGGCCGAGCCCACCGCUUUUGACAUCCAGGAUCUCAGCCACGUCACCCUCCCCUUCUACCCCAAGAGUCCACAGUCCAAGGAGCUGAUAAAGGAGGCGAUCCUCGACAAUGACUUCAUGAAGAAUCUGGAGCUGUCUCAGAUCCAGGAGAUUGUGGAUUGUAUGUAUCCCGUGGAAUAUGGCAAAGACAGCUGCAUCAUCAAGGAAGGAGACGUGGGUUCCCUCGUGUAUGUCAUGGAAGAGGGGAAGGUUGAAGUGACAAAGGAAGGUGUGAAGCUGUGCACCAUGGGACCCGGCAAAGUCUUUGGGGAGCUGGCCAUCCUCUACAACUGCACCCGGACGGCCACCGUCAAAACUCUCGUAAAUGUGAAACUUUGGGCUAUUGAUCGGCAAUGUUUUCAAACAAUAAUGAUGAGGACAGGCCUCAUCAAGCAUACUGAGUAUAUGGAAUUUUUAAAAAGCGUUCCCACAUUCCAGAGCCUUCCCGAGGAGAUACUUAGUAAGCUUGCAGAUGUCCUCGAAGAGACGCACUACGAAAGCGGAGAGUAUAUUAUCCGGCAAGGUGCUCGAGGGGACACGUUCUUUAUAAUCAGCAAAGGGAAGGUGAAUGUUACUCGUGAAGACUCCCCCAGCGAAGAUCCGGUCUUUCUCCGUACUCUUGGGAAAGGAGAUUGGUUUGGAGAAAAAGCCCUUCAAGGAGAGGACGUCAGAACAGCCAACGUCAUUGCGGCUGAAGCGGUGACGUGUCUGGUCAUAGACAGAGACUCCUUCAAACACUUGAUCGGCGGCCUAGAUGACGUUUCCAAUAAAGCCUAUGAAGAUGCAGAAGCAAAAGCAAAAUAUGAAGCCGAAGCUGCCUUCUUCGCCAACCUGAAACUGUCUGAUUUCAACAUCAUUGACACCCUUGGAGUCGGAGGGUUUGGACGAGUCGAGCUGGUACAGUUGAAAAGCGAAGAGUCGAAAACGUUUGCCAUGAAGAUCCUGAAGAAACGUCACAUCGUGGACACGAGGCAGCAGGAGCACAUCCGCUCGGAGAAGCAGAUCAUGCAGAGCGCGCACUCGGACUUCAUCGUGAGGCUCUACAGAACGUUCAAGGACAGCAAGUACCUGUACAUGCUGAUGGAAGCCUGUCUAGGUGGAGAGCUCUGGACAAUUCUCAGGGACAGAGGUUCGUUUGAGGAUUCGACAACCAGAUUUUACACAGCGUGCGUGGUUGAAGCGUUUGCCUAUUUGCAUUCCAAGGGGAUCAUUUAUAGGGACCUCAAGCCAGAAAACCUCAUUCUGGAUCAUCGAGGUUAUGCCAAACUGGUCGACUUUGGCUUUGCAAAGAAAAUAGGAUUUGGAAAGAAAACAUGGACUUUUUGUGGCACCCCGGAGUACGUAGCCCCCGAGAUCAUCCUGAACAAAGGUCACGACAUUUCAGCAGACUACUGGUCACUGGGAAUCUUAAUGUAUGAGCUCCUGACUGGCAGUCCCCCUUUCUCAGGCCCAGACCCCAUGAAGACCUAUAACAUCAUAUUAAGGGGAAUAGACAUGAUUGAAUUUCCAAAGAAGAUUGCCAAAAAUGCUGCUAAUUUAAUUAAAAAACUAUGCAGGGACAAUCCAUCAGAAAGAUUAGGCAACUUGAAAAACGGAGUGAAGGACAUCCAAAAGCACAAAUGGUUUGAAGGCUUUAACUGGGAAGGGUUACGAAAAGGGACGCUGACACCUCCUAUAAUACCAAGUGUGGCAUCUCCAACAGACACAAGCAAUUUCGACAGCUUCCCGGAGGACAGUGACGAACCACCCCCUGACGACAACUCAGGAUGGGACAUAGAUUUUUAACGUUCUUUCUCUUACCUGCUUCUGCCUUGCUGAAGACAGCUUUCCUGGGACACGGCUGCCAGCGAAACCGAAAGAACUGGGGAGGAUCAGUGCUCGGGGUCACCAUGAUGCCUUGAUUGAUGCUGCUACAGUAACUACAGUGGCAUUAGGACUUAUUGCUUAGAUGACAAUAGUGCUCUCUUCAUGUUUUAUGUUCGAACUUAAAGUUGACAUGGUGGUCCUGACACAAAGCCUUUCACCAGUACAGAAAUCUGUUUUCUAUCACUGCGACGAUUUUGCUACGCUCUUAAUUAGAACAGUCGAGAGAUACGUAGUGUAAGACGCACUUAAUUCUAGCUGCGAGGUACUGGCUUUAUCGGUAGGAUCAAUAGUAAUUUAUUAAGUGCUGUAGCUAAAUAUGGGUUUGGGCUACUCCCACCCUCCAAACUUGGUAGGUUCUUCUACUGUGGGCCAGUCUAGGAGCAGAGGAGGACCACAGCGGUACUGGUCAACGAGUUCACGUCAAAGCAGUGGUAAAAUUUGUCCUUUUUCUUUCCGAGCAGUAUUCUUGACAAGACUGAAUGUUUCCUCUUUCUUUUUGAGAAAUAUUGGGGUUUUUAGCCUGGGAAAAACAAAAGCACAACUGCUCUAGAUCCUGUUUAAGGCAGAUAUGGGUCGCUUCUCUUAUACGGCUGAGAACAUACUGUAACACCACAUUUGGGUUUUUUUUCCUUUCCCUUGGUAAAAAUACAUAACUGCAUGAUAAAAAAAUAAAAACAUAAAAUUAAUCCAUUUUACAUAUAAAAUAGCGCUUAAAUAAUGGUCCUGUAAAAAAGUGACAGCAGCCCAGUCUUACUGAUUGUUUAUUAAGCAUAAAACUAAGCUUAAUUUUUACCUUUUUAGAACCCAAAGGGAAAACAUAAGACCCGUAAUGUACUUUAUAGGUGCUAUGUACAUCCUUCAUCUGUGAAUAUAAAUUAAGUCAACCACCAUUUCAGAAGUAUGUAGCAAGAGGCAUCGUUCUCCACGCCGCUCUUAGGUGAUUUUAUGUCUCCGUGUCUGCAUCUCUUCCAUGUUUAGUACUAAGUUUAUUCAAACUGAAGGUGGUACUGGGCCAGUUUGCUGCCUCUGUUUGUAAUAUUGCCCAUAAAAACGUGGUUUUAAUGCCUCACCAAGCUAAGGAGCUCCACGGGAAGGUCAGUGGAGUUAAGUGGAAAAUGGGAUGUGUUUGUGCGAGGUCUGCAUGUCCCCGGAGUAACAGGUCCCCACAGGGGUGGCCAGAGCUUGUAUGGAAAAACAACCAGCUGCUUUACCUUUGCAUGAGCACAGUCUCUUCUGAUUUAUAGGACGUAACAGAGGAAUCCUGGCCUGGGUGCCUGUUGCGUGUAGUCUGGACUAAAGGUUUAGCCCAUUGUACCAAGAAACAUCAGCUUUCGGUCUCUAUAACAGACCCUGCCCCCCCAAAAUUAGCAGGUGCUGCCCCGUUUCAUCUCGGAGCUGCCCGCAUGCUGCAAGUCAAAACAUGAACUUUUGCUCCAAAUUGAUGUGACUUUUGCCUACGUAGUACAUGGAAAAUGUUAUGUUUUAACAGCACAAAAUUAUUUCCCUGAUGCUACAUCCCAACUCUUUCCCAUGUUCAAAUGAAAGCGACUUAACAGAGCAUGUUAGAAAGAGAUUUCUCCCGUUCUCUGACAGCGCCGGCUGUUUGCCAGCAAACCGAAGAGCUCGGUCAUCGCGACCCCUUCGGAACCCGCCUGUGUCACUCAAUGUGCUCCCUGGUUUUCCCAAGGGUGAGGUGACACCGUCGGCGCGAUAACCCCCAAGUUAUUUCUGCCGUUCAUUAAUCAUUAAAACUUGUUUGCCUUGAAAACCGGAGGGAAAAGGCAGUUACAGGGUCUGCUGAGAAUUGCUCAUCGAGGGCAGAUACGCGCUGGCUUUUCAGCCGUUCCCCGGGGACACCGAAAGCCGAUGCUGAAAUAAUCACUAGGUGUCUUAGCCUAAAAGCCGAAUUCUUUCCUCAAAUCCCCCUGGUUUUUCACUCAAUGGAUGCAGCCACGUUGGAGGAGAAAACUUGUUGCAUUUGUAGAAGGACGUAGAGAGGAGUUUGUUGUGCAGUGAUGCUGUUCAGGAGCUGGGACAGAGUUGCCAGCUGCGGGGAGCAAGGAGCAUCACAGCAAUUUCGGGGGCGACCCGGGGAAGGUUUUAAACCAGACUGAUGAGUUAUUGUCCCUUUUUCCUUGUGCCACACACAGUAAUUGAUACCUACAGCGUGCGGCAUGCACACCUAAGUGUGUUUUGUUAUCAAACACCUCCCUUGUCUUCCAUCACCUUUCCCAAGCGUACUUUAAAUAACAUACUUAGCAUAUGUAUAUGAUAAACACCUUCAUUUAUAAGUAAUAUAUUUGAGUUGCAUUAUAUAUAUAUAUAUAUUCACAAGAACGGAUUGCCUCUGUGUUUCCACGUGCUGUCCUUUCUUCUUUGUCUCCUUUUAUACACGGGACGAGGGCGUAAAUACGUGAUGGGAAAUCGGCUCCUGUAUUUAAAACAAGCGUAUUAAGGUUGGUGUCGUUAAGACACGGCCAGUUCGUAGCUUCUCACAGUGCUGCGUUAUCCAUAGCAAACUCUUAUUUAACAACAGGACCACGAGCGAGUAUUUAUGUAAAUAGGUAUUUUCGUGUUGAUAUUUUGUGGUACACAUAUAUCUUCUUUCUUUUUAGAGUUCCAUGGCAUUAUUCCUUCAUUUUCUUCUUUGUAAUGUAAUGUUUUUAGCUCAAGGUAGACUUGAAUUAAUGUCAUAAUUGUCAGUAUUAUUAAACUUUAUGUCAACUGUACCGUUAACUCAUCUGUCCCAUAGUUCUAGAACAUGACUGGCUAUCUGGCAUUGUUGCAAGUGCCUUAAAUCCAUGGCAUCCUAUAAAAAAGAAAUUACAAAUUUGGUGUUAUGCUGCAUGACAAAGACAAACACACCUCAAAAUGUCGUCCUUUCUUAGCUUGCUGCGUUUUACAGUUCUUUCUGCUACCGAUUUCUAAGCCUUUAUUAUAUAAUAUUGAUGAAUUACAGAAAUGAUGACGUCGUUCUCUUAUUUCUGUUCAAUGUACCAGAGCUGUGUAUCCGUUAAUGCGAUACAGAGUCAUUUCUGUGAAAUGUAUAAAUGUUCUGUGCGGGUCAAAUUAAUCUAUGACAUCCUAUCAGUGCGUAGACAGGUAUUCCUGUUUUGCUAAGCUGUGCAGGUCCAGCCCAUCGUGCCGUCCAGCGCCAACCUCCUGUCUUACACAAACCCCCCUAGAAACCUCCCACCUGGGGAACACAAAAAGCAAUGAGCAACUCAGUGUGGAACCCAACCUGCAGGUUUUUUGACCCAAAAGCCCGAGGCGAAGACGCAGCUCGUUUGCACCACUCAACAAAACGGGAUCCGGGCUUUUCCCCCGACUCCUUCGCGAUGCAGCUCCCGUAAAGCAGCCGUGACGCUGAGACUCGGGCGGGUUUAGGGCUUAAAUAGGGGAAGUUUUCAUUUGGAGUUGCCUCUCGCCCCGGGUCCCAGUUUACGCUGGUUUUACACUAGCCCUUUGUUUUAUAUUCUUAUUUUCUCCAGUUUUCUUCUUACAUGAAAGAGGUUUUGUUUGUCGGACAAAUGUUGGUCAUCCACCGGCUGCCGGCCGGUUGCACUCUUUUGAUGUACAUUUAACAACUUUUUUUCAUCGACUUCAACCGCUUUUGUUUUGCUCUGUAUUUUCCCUGCAGCUGUAAUUGCCGAGUGCCUGUUGUAUACUUUAUAGAGUUGAAAUAAAAAUAAUUACUUUUGAA